GGCGGGGCGGGGCGGCGCGUGAAUCAGGCCGCGCGGGCGGGCGGGCCGCGCCGGGGAGUGGCUGCCGGACCGACCGGACCGCGAGGCCGCUGGGCGGCGGUCGGCUGCUGCUGCCCCUGCGCCGAGACCCCUCGCACCUGGCCAGGCCCCCGGCCCCACCAUGGCCCGCCGCUCCCAGUGCUCCUCCCAGGGGGACAACCCCCUGGCACCCGGAUACCUGCCGCCGCACUACAAAGAGUACUACCGCCUGGCGGUGGACGCCCUGACCGAGGGGGGGCCCGAAGCCUACAGCCGCUUCUUGGCGUCCGAGGGCGCUCCCGACUUCCUGUGCCCCGAGGAGCUGGAGCACGUGAGCCGCCACCUGCAGCCCCCGCAGCACGGGGCGCGGGAGCCCCCCGAGGGCAGUCCCCCCGACGUGGACAUGGACGGCUCCUCGGGCACUUACUGGCCGGUCAACUCGGACCAAGCGGUGCCCGAGCUGGACCUGGGCUGGCCUCUGACCUUCGGCUUCCAGGGGACCGAGGUCACCACGCUGGUGCAGCCUCCACCCCCAGACAGCCCCAGCAUCAAGGACGAGGCCCGGAGGAUGAUCCGCUCCGCCCAGCAGGUGGUGGCUGUGGUGAUGGACAUGUUCACCGACGUGGACCUGCUCAGCGAGGUGCUGGAGGCCGCCGCCCGCAGGGUCCCGGUCUACAUCCUGCUGGAUGAGAUGAACGCACAGCACUUCCUGGACAUGGCGGACAAGUGUCGCGUCAACCUGCACCAUGUGGAUUUCCUGCGCGUCCGCACCGUGGCAGGCCCCACCUACUACUGCCGCACGGGGAAGUCCUUCAAGGGCCACGUGAAGGAGAAGUUUCUGCUCGUGGACUGCGCGGCCGUGAUGAGCGGCAGCUACAGCUUCAUGUGGUCCUUCGAGAAGAUCCACCGCAGCCUGGCGCACGUGUUCCAGGGCGAGCUGGUGGCCAGCUUCGACGAGGAGUUCCGCAUUCUCUUCGCGCAGUCGGAGCCGCUGGUGCCCUCGGCCGGGGCGCUGGCCCGCAUGGACGCCCUGGCACUGGCUCCCUACGCGGGCGCCGGGCCCCUGGUGGGCGUCCCGGGGGCCGCGCCGCCGGCUCCCUUCUCCUUCCCUAAGCGGGCGCACCUGCUGUUCCCGCCGCCCCCGGACGAGGGCCUGGGCUUCCCCUCCUUCCUGGACCCCGACCGCCACUUCCUGUCCGCCUUCCGCCGCGAGGAGCCGCCGCCGCACCUGGGGCUGCGGCCGCUGCCCCGGCGGCUGGACCUGGAGACGGGGCCGGGCGCGGAGCUGGGCCCGCGGGGCUUCCUCCAGGCCCGGCACCUGGAGGUGGACGCCUUCAAGCGGCACAGCUUCGCGGACGGCGCGGGCGCCGUGGAGAACUUCGCGCGGCAGGUGUCCCGGCAGACCUUCCUGAGCCACGGCGGCGACGCGCUGCGCUUCCAGACCAGCCACUUCCACCGCGACCAGCUCUACCAGCAGCACUACCAGUGGGACCCGCAGAGCGCGCCCGCGCGCCCGCAGGGCCUGUUCGAGAAGCUCCGCGCCGGCCGCGCCGGCUUCGCGGACCCCGACGAGUUCGCGCCGGGCCCCGGGCCGCGCUUCCCCGAGCUGGGCGCCGACGGGCACGGGCUCCAGCGGCUGGAAUACGUGCCGUCCAGCGCCUCCCGCGAGGCGCGCCACGGCUCCGACCCGGCCUUGGGGCCUGCGCCCCGCGGCCCGGAGCCCGGCGGGGCCCCGCGCCCCGGCCCGAGCCGGGGCUUCCCCUGCCAGGCCUGGGGCCGGCCGGGCGCGGAGCACGCCGGCGCGGAGGCGGAGCCCGGGCGCAGGGGCGGGCCCGAGGGGCGGGCCGGGCUGCGGGACUGGCGCCUGGCCUCCUACCUGAGCGGCUGCCACGGCGAGGACGCGGGCGAGGAGGGCAUGCCCCUGGAGGCCGAGGCCCUGGACGACGACGUGCUGGGCCCGGGCCGCGACCUGGCCCCGCCCGCCCCGCGCGGGCCCGCGGCUUUCCCCGCCCAGGGCACGGGGAGCGGCGGCGGCGGCAGCGCGGAGGACGCGGGCCUCGCCAAGCAGGACUCGUUCCGCUCGCGCCUCACCCCGCUCAUCCAGCGCAGCUCCCGGCUGCGCUCCUCCCUCAUCUUCGCGUCGCAGGCCGAGGGCACCGGGGGGCCCGCCGCCGCCGCCGCCACCACCGAGAAGGUGCAGCUGCUGCACCGCGAGCAGGUGGUGAGCGAGGCGCUGGGCCCCGGCGGGGAGGCCGUGCGCUCCGCCGCCUCCACCAAGGUGGCCGAGCUCCUGGAGAAGUACAAGGGCCCGGCCCGCGACGGCGCCGUCACCGUCUCCAGCCACAGCAAGGCGCUCGUGUCCCAGGUCUGGCGGGAGGAGGCGGCGCCCUGCGGCCCCGGCCCCGGCCCCGAGCGCCGUAGCCUGGAGAGCUGCCUGCUGGACCUGCGCGACUCCUUCGCGCAGCGCCUGCACCAGGAGGCCGAGCGGCAGCCGGGCGCCGCCUCGCUCACGGCCGCGCAGCUGCUGGACACCCUGGGCCGCGGCUCCGAGCGCCUGCCCUCCCGCUUCCUCCCCGCCCAGGGCCGGGGCAGUCCGCCGCCGCCGGAGGGGCCCGGCGCCCACCCCGCGCCCCGCCCUGAGCCAAGGGGGAGCCCCACCUCCGCCUGCCCCGCGCCCGGGUUUCCCCCCCGCAGAGGCAGCCCCACCGCAGGGUUUAUUGAGCAGAAAGGGGGCCCCGAACGCCGGGGCAGCCCGGUGCCUCCCGUGCCCGAGCGCCGGGGGAGCCCGGGACCCCCGGUGCCCGAGCGCAGGGGCAGCCUCACCUCCGGGGAGUGUCCGAGGACGGGGCCGGGGGAGGAGGCGGCGGGCGGCCCCAUGGAAGCCCUGCGCAAGGGGUCCCUGCGCCUCCGGCAGCUGCUGAGCCCCAAGAGCGAGCGGCGCGGGGAGGAGGAGGGCGGCGCCCCGGCUCCCCAGGAGAACGGGCAGCCGGAGAGCCCCCGGCGGCCGUCGCUGGGCCGCGGCGACAGCGCGGAGGCCCCCGAGGAGCGGGGCGGGAGGGCGCGCCUGGCCUCGGCCACCGCCAACGCCCUGUACAGCAGCAACCUGCGGGACGACACCAAGGCCAUCCUGGAGCAGAUCAGCGCCCACGGCCAGAAGCACCGGGGGGCCGCCGCCCGCGGCAGCCCCGAGCCGCGCCCGCCCGCCGCGGGAGACCUGGCACCGGACAUGUCCGACAAGGACAAGUGCUCGGCCAUCUUCCGCUCGGACAGCGCGGGGCCGCAGGCGCGGCUGAGCCGCACGCUGCCCGCCAGCGCCGAGGAGCGGGACCGGCUGCUGCGCCGCAUGGAGAGCAUGCGCAAGGAGAAGCGCGUCUACAGCCGCUUCGAAGUCUUCUGCAAAAAGGAGGAGGCCGGGGCGGGGGACGGCCUGCCCGAGGAGGACCCCAGGGACAGCAAGGUGGGCAAGUUCAUGCCCAAGAUCCUGGGUACAUUCAAGGGCAAGAAGUGAGCAGCGCGCCGGGCCCCUCCCGGGGGCGGCAGCCCUGCCGCGCGCUCCGAGCCUGCCCUUCCGCUCGCCCCUGGCCCGCGUCUGAGUAGCGGCCCCCGGGCCCUGGUGCUAAGGCUGUGCGGGACCUCACUGGGCGUUUCCGGAGCCCCGCUCCUGGGACCCGCCUGCUAGCUGUUCCCCGAGCAGCGCUCCACUUGAAUUCGCCUGGCACUGCCCUGCCUCUCGGCCUUUCUCCCCGAAUCCCCCCUCUUAGCCUGCUCCUCCACCUUCUCCUCGCACUCGGCCCCUUUGGGGGCAGCCCCUCACCUCGGGGCCCCACCUCUGUCUCAGGUCCUCCUCACUUGGUGCCUCCACUUCCUGAUCUGCCUCGGGGCCCUUUUGUCUUCUCAGGGGCUUCUGUCUCAGGGCGCUGACUCCCCGCAACCUCGGGGACACACUGCCUCCGUGUCCUGCAGCCACUCUGGUUUCUGGGUCUGUCCUCUCGCCGCCAUCUCCUUGCGGGGCUUACCGGCUUUCCUCCUCGGGCCCUGCCGCCCUCUUGGUGCCCGUCCUCCUGCUAUGUGGUGAAGGUAAAGCUGUCUGUGGGCAGCGUGUGAAGAUAGGGGUGGGGGUGAUCCCGGGGUGACAGGGGAGCCCGGUGGACGGGCCACGGGGGGGCGUGGGGGAACCCAGAAACACCACCCCACUCCCAGGCUACAGCCCCCUCCAGCCAUUCCC